GCAGCAGGCCGGACCAGCGAGAGCAGCUCAAUGAGCGGCGCACCUGUGGGCACGGACAUUCACCUAACCCUGCUCAUGGUGUCGAGCGCGCGAGUGUCGCUGACGUUCAAGCCCGAGGACACAGUGCUGUCGGUGAAGGAGACGCUGCUCCGGAGCUGGCCCAAGGACUUUGAUGCGAAGCCGGCCGGGCCCGGCAACCUGCGGAUAGUGUACCUGGGCCAUUUUCUAGAGGACGGUGACACGCUGGCAGAGAGCAAACUGCAGCCCGGCAAUACGACCGUCCACCUGACAAUCAAAGCAUCGGCCGCACCAGAGAAAACAGCCAAGAAGGACAUCGACAAGGCGCCAAAGUGCACAUGCACUAUCCUCUAAAUAGCUGCACUGUACGCUUUGUGUGCGCGGUAUCUGGGAUGGCAAUG